CAGUAAUCAUACUUCAUAGCGGUGUGUUUGGUAUCGGUAUUUGCCAUUUGGUAUAAUUUAGAAAUUGUUUUUAAAUCGAUUAUUUGUCUUAUUGUAAUAAUCUAUAUUAAUUUGAAUUGCUAAAAUUUGGAGUAAAACAAGAUUUGCUCAAAAUGGCAUUUUCAAUGUUUUUACGAAGACCAGCAUGUACGACUCGACUGUUAUCCCAACAAUUAGUGGCUCUGUCAAAACCUACACAUUGUUCUCUCAAUCCAAAGAUGAUUGCCAGCAUUGCCCCUCUACAAAACUCAUUAUUGAAGUCUGAAACACCUAUUUCAAAUGUGAUUCGGUCUUUCAAGUCAUCAACGGUCCACGAAGAGCAUCCACAUGAUCACUCAAAAUUAUGGGUUAUAGAGAAACUUACGUCAGCAGCAAUGGUGCCACUAAUUCCUAUUUGCCUAAUGAUGCCUAAUAAGAUAUUUGAUUCUAUACUGGCUAUACUUAUUACGGCCCAUAGCUUUUGGGGUCUGGAAGCUAUAGCGGUUGACUACGUGCGAGCAUCUAUAUUUGGACCAAUUCUCCCCAAAAUCGCCAUCGGCUUAGUGUACCUUAUUUCUAUUGCUACUCUCGGCGGACUCUUUUAUAUAAUCACUCAUGACGUUGGUUUAGCUAAUGCUAUAAAACAAUUAUGGGCUGUAAAAGCAAAGCAAAAUGCGUAAAAAAUAAAAACAGAAUGCGGUAAAAAAUAUUUCAAUUAAUCCGCCAUACAAGAAGAACGCAUUCUCACAGAUUAUAUAAUAUCUAAUUAGCAAGUUUUUGACAUCUGUCAACAACACCUGACUUAAAACUAUACUGACAUAUUGGCAAUAAAUUUAGAGAAUAAUAUGAUGGAAAAAUAAGCUUUUUUUAAACAAUGACGAAGGUACCUAAUAAUUAUGUUUUGAGUUUUUUUUAAAAUUAAUCCAUUAUAUUAUUAAACUAUUUUAAAAACAUGGAAAGGCAAUCCGGUCGUUAUAGUUGCGAAUCGUUUCACGUUUUGUUUUGUAUAAUAAGGUCGUAAAUAUUAGUCAAUAUGUUGAGUACAAAUUAUAAUUUAUUUAAACAGUACAAAAUGUUAAACAUGUUACAAAGUUUUACUUACAAGAUGAUUGUUUUGAUUUGAAAUGUAUUUCGACAACUGUAUUAAUUUUUUUUUGAGACGUUUUGAGCCUUAUUUGUAGGUCGAAUCUUUCCGCGUAGGUACUUAAAGUUUGAAGUUAUUUUAUUCAUCGAACAAUGAGAUUGUGUUCCAAAUUGACUGUAAAACAGUAUUCUUUUAACUCUUAUGAAAUUAACCGAAAUGAAAUAAAUUAAUCGGAAUUAUCUUGCCUAAGUUAAGUUGCGUAAGAUGUGUUUGUUUUAAUUUAUUUAUAGAUAAAUAGUAUUUUAGCAGGUA